GUUGCAUUGUGGUGAACAGAUUCAUAUAGGGCAAGCAGUGCACGUGCAUUCCCAGGAACAUCGGAAUAAUCAACUUCUCCGAACUGCGGCUUCAAUCUUCACAUUUCCUCAGCCCCCUCCACUCGAUCCCCGGUUCUCCCUUUUGCAAAACCGUGGACAGCAAGUCCGCCGACCCAUCCAAAUCGCGUUACCCUCCUAUGGCACCCAAACCAGGGGACCCUCCCAGACUGGUGGAGGAUCUUGAAAAGGAACUCGUUUGCUCGAUCUGCACCGAGCUUCUGUACCAGCCUCUCACCCUCCUCGACUGCCUCCAUACCUUUUGCGGAUCGUGUUUAAAGGAAUGGUUCUCUGUGCAGCAUUCGCGCCGACGAUCAUCUCAAUCGUCUGUACGAUACACUUGCCCGUCAUGUCGUGCAAUGGUGCGUGGCACCAGACCGAACGCUACCGUUACGACCUUGCUGGAUAUGUUCUUGGCGACGAACCCUGAUCGCGUGAAGUCUGACGCGGAAAAAGAGGAGGUUGCAAAGCGGUAUAAGCCGGGUGAUUCUGUUAUCCCUUCCGAGUCUAGUUCCUCAGAUACCGAGGAACCUGACUCGGAAGUGGUCGAGGAAGUCCGACAUUUGAGUCUCCAGGAGAGCAGGAAUUCAGGGAGACGUCUUAAUUACCGCGAGCGGCAGCAGUCGUCUGCGUCUGGUCAUGCACGGGGUUCUGAUACAGAAGAUGGGCGCUUGAGACGGCGACCUGCGGAAGAGCGUGAAGCGAGGAGACAGGCUCGACAGCGGGCACAGCGCGCUGCAGCUUCUGCCGAGGAUGCCUUGGAGUCAUCUAGGCGUGCAAGACAUCAAUCGAGCUUGAGGUCAUUGCUGAGUUUGUCGGACGUGGAAACCAUGGAAGAAGAAAUCCUGCGGCAGAUUAUCGAAGACGGGUUGCUGGAUGGCAUUGAUCUGGAUCAUCUUUCGCCUGCCCAAGAGGAGGAGCUUAGUGAACGGAUCGCCGACGCGUACCGUCAACGGCAUCGACUGCGUUCGCGCUCCCAGCGAACACAGGAAUCGACGCAGCCUGCCCAAGGACGAUCAUCACGUUCCCGCGCUUCGUCGCAAUCAGCGCAAGCACAGGUUCCAGCAACAGCUGCCGCUCCCCAUGAGACAACGGCAACUAGAAAUCAUGCAGCCAGCGACAGCUCCCCGUUGCUUGGGUUACCAUUGAGCCGCUCCAGGGACUCGGAUCAUCAAAGGAAUUUAUCUGAUCAGGGAGGGAGACGUCGCAGGCCGUCUCCAUUGGCGACUCAUCAUGCAUCCUCGUCAGCAGUGGAUCUUAGACCUGCUGCGCGAUCCGCCAGUGAUAUGACCUCUGAUCGGGUUCAAACUUCGCAACUUCGUAGAGUGGAAGCAGGAGACCGGCCUGCAAGAAGGUCCCGACGAGCGACUGAAUCUGAGCAAGUCACGCCGAAUAUGUUUCUCGCGGGAACCAGAGAGCGCGCACAGACAACCAGCAGACCCUCGACUAGUUCUUCGACAACUGCCCAGCUUCGAAGCCCGUACCGCACCUUUGCGCCAUCCCGUUCAGAGGUUACUCUGCCCAUUCCUGCCUCUCAGACGACCUUGGAUCUUUCUAUGACUCAUCGAGAUGGGCGUUCAACGUCUUCUUCACGUUCCCCUCGUACUCCUACGGCCCUCUACCCCGAACCGUCGAUAUCGUGUGAACGGUGCGGGAAAACAAACAUCCAGUACGAAGUCUACAAGAACUGUUCAAGAUGCAAGGAUGGAAACUACAAUAUUUGCCUUCGCUGUCACCGCCUGGGAAGGGGCUGUCUACGAUGGUCAGGAUUUGGUACCUCCGCGCGAAGAGAGUAUGAGAAGAGAAGACCCUCUCCACAGGCCCAGUCAUCGUCCGCACAGGAACCUCCUCACACCCUUCUAUCGUUUCGAUAUCAACGUCCCUCUGGGAUAGCCCGUCGUACGGUAAGCGAGGGCAAGCAGAUGACUAAUGAAGACCCAGCUCGCAGACUCCAGGCUGGGCUGUUCUGUGACAUAUGCCAAUCAUCCGCGAACGAUUGUUUCUGGAAAUGUGCACAGUGCAAUGAAGGAGACUGGGGAUUCUGUGGGCACUGUGUGAAUCAAGGGAAAUGCUGCACUCAUCCACUUCUUCCCAUUUGCUGUGUGACUCGCGACGGACCAACACAACCUGCAGCUCCCACCUCGAGAGAAAGUAAUACAAUAUAUAAGACCCUUUCAAUCUCCACCAAAUGCGAUAUCUGUGCCUAUCCGAUCCCUACUUCCAUGACUAGAUUCCACUGCCUCGAAUGCAACGAAGGUGACUAUGACAUCUGCGCAAACUGCUACUUCAAACUGGUCGCUUGGGGGAAAAUAAGCAAGGAAAACGGUCAUAAUGGCUGGCGCCGAUGUCUCAGAGGUCAUCGUAUGGUUGUGGUCGGCUUCGAAACCCACGAGGAAGGUCAGAAAAGGGUGGUUGUUCGUGGUCUUGUCGGUGGACAUGCUCUACGAGACGAAUAUGCCCUUCAUCAACAACAGCAACAGCAACACGCGUCGACUCCUACCUCUGCUACAUUUUCGGGAAGCAAUACAGUUAUUCCAUCGCCGGAGAUCGGUUCUGGAGACUGGAGCUGGAAAGAAGGACCUGAGAGAAGGAAGAAGGCCUCUCGCGUUCGCUCAGCGUUAAGCGGUAAUAAUAACAACACUAAUAACAGCAUCAUCAUUAACAAUAACCAUAAUAACAAUAAUACCGACUCGACCUCUUCUCCAGCCAGUCCUACUUUCUUCUCAUCGCCCCAUUCUCGCCGUCCACCGCCCGACGGUGGGAUAGGAUUAAUCGUCCAUGCCCGCUGGUCUUGGUUUCCCGAAGAAGACAUCAAAGAUGAAUUGAUGUUCCCUCGUGGCGCAGAGAUCACUGAGGCGGAGAAUAUCAAUGACGACUGGUUCUGGGGCUGUUACGCUGGUGUCACUGGGUUGUUUCCGGGGGCGCAUGUUGUCGUUGUGGGCGAGGUUGUUUGAUGGCUUUUUUUAAUCUCUGAUUAGAGCGGUGGCUACGAGAUAUGUUACCCAUGCUAAUGAUUAUGACGAACAUGACGAAGAUGACAAUAGUAGUAAUAAGGCAUGAAAUGAAAUGAAAUGCAUCAUGAACGAG